GCCGCCGGGCCGGGAGGCGGCGGCGGGACCCCGUAACGCGUAUGGUAGCGGCGGCGGCGCGUUCGCCGGCCUCCCCUCUGGCUGCCGCGCGCUGUGGUCUCGCCCGCCCCCGCUGCCAUGUUGGAUUGUGCGGCCGCCGAAGCCGGGCCGAAGUUGGAAGUUUAGUGUCCGCCGCGGCCGUGGGCGCGAUCCGCUGGCGGCGGCGGCCGGCGCGGCCCCUCCCUGCCCCGGCGCCCCGCCGCGGGCCGCCCGCAGCUCGCCGAGGCCCGGCCGCCGCUCUUCCCCCGCCCCCUCCCGCCUUCCCGGCCCCGAGAGGGAGGCUCCGCGAUGCGGCUGCCGUGAGGCCGCGGCGGCGGCGGCAGCAGCAGGAGGCGGAGGAGGCCGCGGGCGGCGGCGGUCGCAGCGCGGCGAGGGCAGCGCCAAGCCCCGCGGGGCCGGCCCCGGCCGCGGCCAUGAGCGGCAGCCAGCAGCAGCAGACCCCGCAGCCGCGGCGGGUCAGCAACGUGGGCUCCCUGCUGCUGACCCCGCAGGAGAACGAGAGCCUCUUCGGCUUCCUCGGCAAGAAAUGCGUGACAAUGUCUUCAGCAGUCGUUCAAAUAUAUGCAGCAGAUCGCAAUGCCAUGUGGUCAAAGAAAUGCUGUGGUGUAGCUUGCCUUGUAAAGGACAAUCCACAGAGGUCAUAUUUUAUCAGAAUAUUUGACAUCAAGGAUGGGAAAUUAUUGUGGGAGCAGGAGCUGUACAAUAACUUUGUAUAUAAUAGUCCUAGAGGAUAUUUUCAUACCUUUGCUGGAGAUACAUGUCAAGUUGGUCUUAAUUUUGCUAAUGAAGAAGAAGCUAAACUAUUCCGAAAAACAGUAACAGAUUUACUUGGACGACGGCAAAGAAAAUCUGAAAAAAGACGAGACCUACCAAAUGGUUCUUGUAUCCCUCAUGGACAUCUAAGAUCUAAAGCUGACGGUCCAAAUCUACCAAUGGCAACUGUUGAUAUCAAAAACCCAGAAAUUACAACUAACAGAUUUUAUACUCCACAAGUCAACAAUAUUUCAUAUACCAAAGAAAAGAAGAAAGGAAAAACUAAAAAGAAAAGAUUGACAAAGGCAGAUAUUGGAACACCAUCUAACUUCCAACACAUUGGACAUGUUGGUUGGGACCCAAACACAGGUUUUGAUGUGAACAACUUGGACCCAGAAUUGAAAAACCUGUUUGAUCUGUGUGGAAUUUCAGAGGCUCAACUAAAAGACAAAGAAACUUCAAAGGUCAUAUAUGAUUUCAUUGAAAAAACAGGAGGCGUGGAAGCUGUAAAAAAUGAACUACGUAGACAAGCUCCACCUCCACCACCACCAUGCAGAGGAGGACCCCCUCCACCUCCACCACCACCUCCCCAUAGCUCGGGCCCUCCUCCUCCACCUGCUAGGGGCCGAGGGGCACCACCUCCACCUCCUUCAAGAGCUCCUACAGCAGCACCACCACCACCACCUCCAUCUAGACCAGGUGCAACAGUGCCCCCACCUCCUCCAAACAGGAUGAAUCCUCCUCCACCACCAGUGCAUUCAUCAUCUGCACCAUCUGGCCCUCCUCCACCGCCACCACCACCAGCAAGUGGGUCAUCUGUGCCCCCACCUCCACCUCCACCUCCACCCCCUCCUGGUCCUCCUCCACCACCAGGUCUUCAUACAGAGGUUGACAGCCAGCUUCCAGUUCCUGCAGGAAACAAAGCAGCACUCUUAGAUCAAAUCAGAGAAGGUGCUCAGUUAAAGAAAGUAGAACAUAACAGCCGACCAGUGUCCUGCUCAGGAAGAGAUGCACUGUUAGACCAGAUACGACAGGGUAUACAACUGAAAUCUGUAUCUGAUGGCCAAGAGAGUGCACCACCUACACCUGCACCCACCUCAGGAAUUGUGGGUGCAUUAAUGGAAGUUAUGCAGAAAAGGAGCAAAGCCAUUCAUUCUUCAGAUGAAGAUGAGGAUGAAGAUGAUGAAGAAGACUUUGAGGAUGAUGACGAAUGGGACGAUUGAUCAUUUAUUAUAUUAUAUAUAUAUAUAUAUAUUUUUUAAGGUGAAUGAUAUACUAAACACUACUUUCUGUCUAUGGAUUCUGUAAAAUUAUCAUGUAAAUGUUCUACCAAUUUGCUGUAUAUUUUUGUUGCCUUUUGCUUUUUUAUUAAUCUGUGCAAUACCUCAUUUAAUCUGUAAAGGUUUGUCAUAAUCCUCUACAAAGCUACUCCCUGUUAAUGUGUGCGAGUUUACACCUGGAUGAUCAUGUACAUGUGAAUACUUUCCAUUCCAUCAAUAAGGGAGUUUAAAUGUAAUAUGUGAGACUGACAAAAACCUUAAUGUAAUUUAGUUAUAAUGCGAGAAGGAAAACACUAUUUUCAUACCCUACUUUUUCUGUAUCCAAAUUUUCUUAUUAAAACCUAGUAUAGCACUACGUUCUUUAAGUGAUGCAGCUCUUAGUUUAUUUAGCCCCUUCAUUUCAAAUGCAACAUUACAUGAAUGUUGAGGCUGGUUUAUAAUAUUGCACAGUUUCAAAUACAUCACAGCAUUGCAGUUCAAAUCUUAGCAGUAUGCUUUACAUAAAACAAAAUCACUACAGAUAUGCACAGCUAGUUGUGAAGAUUACCUUGCCCUAACUGUAGCAAUACAGACUGCUAUUGAACAGCAGUGAAUAAUUGAAUUCUUUAAUUAGGGAACUGUCUAUCUGAGGUCAAACAGGGUGGCUUUACACUAUAGUAGUUGUAAAGGCAUCUGAUGCAGACCAGUCCAGUCCUCCCUUUCCAGCUCUUAUCUUUCAGAAUGAAGAAGUGUAAAUUGCUGGGGACUAUACUGGAGUCUGGCAAUUGCUACAGUUUGAUUUAUUUUUAAAAUCAAUUUUAUGUGUUUUUUGGGCUGAAGGGCUGCAUUUAAUGCUUGCUUCAGUAAUGUUUAAUUACAUUUUAAAAUGUGUAGGGCAUUGGUGUACUAAUAAAGUAAACUUAAGUGGUAUUACUUUGCAGUCUUUGAGUUAUGGUACAUAAUAAAUGCUAAAACACCAGUCCUACAUCCAGGAAGUCGGAAAGCCAUUAGCUCAGAAUAUACACUUUGAACAUGUACUGAAUUUCAUGGCAAUAUUCUGUCUUCAUAUGUUGGCUUUAAGACCAAGGGUUGUGAUGAAGAUCAAGGACACUAUUCACAGGAAUGGUAUUUGAGUAAAUGGACAGAAAAUGGGUUUCUCAUUUCACAGCUUGCACAUUUAUAUAAGUUAUACUUUAGUGUGGUAAACAUUGGCAUAUCUGCCUAUUACAAAACACUAAUCUAUGCUAGGUGGGUAUUUAAUAUCUGCAGCACUAAUUACUGUUACUUACUGUAAUUUUCAGGUAGAGAAUUUUUUUAAAGAGAACCACAUUAUCUGACACAGAAUAUUUAGUCGAGUCUAGUCAUAUUUGGAGCAUAGUUAAUACAUAGUGUCCUGAGUCUUUGACUGUAGUCAAGGUAUCAAACUAAAUUUAAGUUAUCAAAAUUGUAUUGACUGAAACCCAGUGUUGACCUGAUCUUGACAGGCUGGACCUGCAUGAUAUGGCAUGGAUUUCUAACCCAGUUAUAACCUAGUCUUUAGAGAAUGAGUUUAGACGUAUAAAAAGAAAAGAAAGUUGCUGAAAGGUAGUGGGAGAGGUAAGGCUGUAGUUAAAUUAUUCAGAGGAUGCUGACUUCCAAGAGUAAUUUAAGCACAUAACUUGAGGAAAAAGAAAAUUCCAAGUGGUCUAACUUUCUUGCGGUAGCUUUUGCAUUGCCCUCUGCUACUGGAAACCCUUCCUACUAGCUUUGCUGCUGUAAUGGCUUGAGCACUGAGUCACGUGCAAGUGCAGCCUGGGUUAACUAAUGUCAGUGGAGUUAAGAGCUUGUGUAUAAGGAAAACAAUUGUAUGGCUUUUGUAUAACUUCUGGCACUGCUUCCAUAUUCUUACUGCAUAUAGGGCACUUAAAAUUAAGCAGAUGAGGCCUAUAGGUUUUCCAAACAUGCUGCUUACUAGAUUUGUUUAGCUCUUACAUUUUCUGCGUUGGGAUUUCUGUAAUAUAAUUAUGCCUUACAGUUCAUUAAUCAAAUUUCUAUUCCAAGUUUUGGGAGCUCUGGUGAAGUUGUGUUAUUCAGUAAAACUUUGAUUUGUAGAUACUGGCCAAAGAAAGGGGGGUUGGGGUUUUUGUUUGUUUGUUUUUGUUUCUUUUGUUUUUUCUCUCGAUAUAAAGAGUACACUCACAUUCUGUGGUGUCCAGAUUAAUAUUUGCUUUAAAAUAGUGUGUGUACAUGAUAAAAUUCAGGCAUAAAGACUGCAAGAGCAGUUAAGGUAAAGUCAUAGCUGCAUGGUUCAGCGCUCCACCACUUGCACUAUAAGCAGAAGAUAGUGUUUCAUGAUACUGGUGCAUUGUUGCUAAACAUUGUAAUGAAGGCCUCUCCUAUAUACUCUGGUUAAAUGACUGUCCAGAUAGCCUUAGCAAUUAACAGACUAGCAUGAGGCUUUUGUAUCUCAACACUGUGUGCAUAGACAAUAUCAGCUAGCCACUUUUACGUAUGAAAUCCAUAAAAACUUCACAAUCAUUUAGUUUUCCAUUUAUCAAACUGAAAUUUUUAGUAUGUGAAUUUUUGAAAUGUACAGUGAAUAGGAUGUUGCACUGGUGGCAAUUCAUCAUGGAGCAUAAUAAAAUUAAUUUGACCCAA